UGUAGCGGCGCGGGGCCGGCUGGAGUCGGGGGGGGGGGCGCGCCGGCAGGCGGGAGCCUUGCAUUUUGCAGCGCCGGGCUCCGAGGGGGCGGGGGCCGGAGGAAGCGGAAAGCCGCGCGGAGUCGCCGGGGACCGCGGUGAACCAUGUUGAGCCCUGCCAACGGGGAGCAGAUCCACCUGGUGAACUACGUGGAGGACUACCUGGACUCCAUCGAGUCUCUGCCUUUUGAUCUGCAGAGAAACGUCUCUCUGAUGCGGGAGAUCGACGCGAAAUACCAAGAGAUCCUGAAGGAACUGGAUGAGCACUACGAGAGGUUCAAGCGGGAGGCGGACGGCGCCCAGAAGCGGAGAGCACUGCACUGCAUCCAGCGGGCGCUGAUCCGCAGCCAGGAGCUGGGCGACGAGAAGAUCCAGCUUGUGAGUCAGAUGGUGGAGCUAGUGGAGAACCGGGCCCGGCAGGUGGACAGCCACGUGGAGCUGCUGGAGGCCCACCAGGAGGCCGCUGACGCCACAGGCCACAGCAAAGCCGGCCAGGACAAGUCCAAAAACGAGGCGAUCGCCCAGGCGGAGAAGCCCAACAACAAGAGGUCCCGGAGGCAGCGCAACAACGAGAACCGGGAGAACGCCGCGAAUAAUCACGACCACGAUGACGUCACCUCGGGGACGCCCAAGGAGAAGAAGGCCAAGGCCUCCAAGAAGAAGAAGCGCUCCAAGGCCAAAGCGGAGAGGGAGGCGUCCCCCGCGGACCUGCCCAUCGACCCGAACGAGCCCACGUACUGUCUGUGCAACCAGGUCUCCUACGGGGAGAUGAUUGGCUGCGACAACGACGAGUGCCCCAUCGAGUGGUUCCACUUCUCCUGCGUGGGGCUGAGCCACAAGCCCAAGGGCAAGUGGUACUGCCCCAAGUGCCGGGGCGAGAGCGAGAAGACCAUGGACAAGGCCCUGGAGAAGUCCAAACGCGAGCGGGCCUACAACAGGUAGUGGCGGGCCUGCUGGACCCAGGCGGCCGCAAGCCGCGUAUUUAUUGCGUCGCCACCGGGCGGGCGGGCGCAGGGACGCACCUGUGGACGGAGGAGGAGCUGUCCUCGCUCGGGCGCCGGGCGUCUCUGCUGUCCCGGUGGUGCACACGUGUAAGAGGAAAGUGGUCUGUGGAUCAGCGUUUGAGAAACUGCAAAUAUAGGUUUGAAUGAAACACCCAA